AUGUCCAAGCCCCCUGCUAUUGGCAUUGACCUCGGCACUACCUACUCAUGUGUUGGUGUAUUCCAGCAUGGCAAGGUUGAAAUUAUCGCAAAUGAUCAAGGCAACAGGACCACUCCUAGCUAUGUCGCCUUUACUGACACCGAACGCCUAAUCGGUGAUGCUGCAAAGAAUCAGGUCGCCAUGAACCCUAGCAAUACUGUCUUCGACGCCAAGCGCUUAAUAGGCAGACGGUUCGAGGAUGCUCCCGUCCAGGACGACAUGAAGCAUUGGUCCUUCACCGUCGUUAGCGAAGGAGGGAAGCCGAAGAUCAAGGUUAACUAUAGGGGCGCCGAUAAAACCUUCUAUCCCGAAGAAAUCUCUUCCAUGGUUCUCAUCAAGAUGAAGGAAACCGCGGAAGCGUAUCUCGGCAAGACUGUCACCGACGCUGUUGUCACUGUUCCGGCCUACUUCAACGACAGUCAGCGUCAAGCUACUAAGGAUGCUGGUACGAUUGCCGGUCUGAAUGUACUCAGGAUAAUCAACGAACCUACGGCCGCUGCUAUUGCCUACGGCUUAGACAAGAAGAUAGGUUGUGAGCGUAACGUCUUGAUCUUUGAUCUUGGCGGUGGCACCUUCGAUGUCUCCAUAUUGACAAUCGAGGAUGGUAUCUUCGAGGUCAAGUCCACGGCCGGUGACACCCAUCUCGGCGGUGAGGACUUUGACAAUAGAAUGGUCAAUCAUUUUGUACAAGAGUUCAAGCGAAAGUACAAGAAGGACAUCACUGAUAACAAGCGAGCAGUCCGACGUCUUAGGACGGCUUGUGAACGAGCUAAGAGGACUCUCAGCUCCAGCGCGCAGGCCAACGUUGAGAUUGAUUCCCUCUACGACGGCAUAGACUUUUACACCUCUGUCACCCGAGCUAGGUUCGAGGAGCUGAAUGCCGAUCUCUUCCGCAGCACUCUGGAUCCGGUCGAAAAGUCCUUACGCGAUGCAAAGCUCGAUAAAUCCGCCGUUCACGAUAUUGUACUAGUCGGUGGCUCUACUCGUAUCCCCAAGAUCCAGAAGCUCUUACAGGACUUCUUCAGCGGCAAGGAACUG